GCGCUGGCGCCCGCGCUCAAGCCGGCGCUCAUGAGCAUGACAGAGCAGGUCCAAGCGGCCGAGACGGUGAAACCCAUCGAUGAAAAGAAGUUGUACUCGGUGAUCGGCGUGUCCUGCGCGCCGCAGAUCGAGAGCCUCGCGGAGCUUGUUUCCAACGAGCGCGAUAGGAUUGUGGAGGACAAGUUAAGUAAUACUAUAGCGGCGGCAAAAGCGGCGGCGGCGAAGAAGGAGGAGGAGAAGGAGUUGAUGGCCAGGGAUAACCUGGCCUCGUUGAAAACUAGCUUCACCCGGAAGUCCUCGACGCAUCUCAUUGCGAGUCGCAUCUUCCACAACAAGCACCAGUACUUCAUCUUCAUUCCCCUGCAGGUGAUUGUUGCGGCCAUCGCAAUCAUCGCGUUCGUGGCCUCCUACCAAGAGGGAGAAGGGAACGUCGCUGCGGCGACGGUGCUCACGGUGAUCGCGGGCGUCCUCGGCAUCGUCGCGGGCUCGACGCGGCGUCCUACGCUACGUGUUUCUGACAAGACUCGUCGAUUCUUUUUUGCUCUUAGGUUUCAUCAACGCGCUGGAUCGGUACCUAGAUUGGCGCACGCAAUCCGCAAUGCACAAGGGGAACUCUGCUACGUAUGCUAGGUUGAAAGAAGAUAUUAUGAUGGUCUCGUUGAAAAGAGAGAACGUUGCCGAAACAAUUAAUCGUUACGAUCAACAGCUGAAAACUCUCGAACAAAGCAACGGCGAUUUACAAGUACCUUUGGAGCUCAUUACCGUGUUCGACGAUGUCGAGAAUAUGAUCCACAAGCGGGUUGAGGCCUACAACGACAUGGUCAGGAAGUGCGUGGUCGUUUUCGCAGAUAGACGCCACCUCAUCAUUGACUACGUGAAGCAGCAAGCGAUUUUGAUGACCGCUUACGGAUUUCUCGCAAGUAGGAUUUUGACGCACAAAAGCACAAAUUGUUUCUGUAUCCAUUGCUGCUGCCCCUGUCUGGCCCAGGAGUUCCCCUACGCGCUCCCCGAACACAGGAUGCUGACUAAAAUCGUGAAGAAAUUGGUCGAGGAGGAAAUCGCGGAGAUCACGGACGCAAAAUUUUCGGAGCCGUCGGAGGACGAGUACAAGAAAGCUCAAAAAUUGUCUCAGAGUAUCGACGGCAGCCGGGCGCCGAAGGUUCCCGACCAGGGCGGUGCGUCUCCCUCCGCGGACAACAACGUCUGA